AUGGAAGCUCUGACUCUCCUUUUCUGUCUGCUUCUAACUGCCUUUCAAGCAAAAACCAUUGGGUCAUGGACAACAGAUAGCUGGCUGCAUUUCACUGAAGGUUUUUCAGAACCAUGUGGUGGCUAUAUGACAGAUUGGAGGGGUGAAUUAUUCAGUCCCUGGUACCCUAAUAACUACCCUAAUAAUGCACAAUGCACCUGGACCAUUCAUAGCACAGGGAACGCAACUGUGUCAUUGAUCUUCACCGAUGUCGAUUUGGAAACAUGCUGUGAUUACAUCAAAGUAUACGAUGGUCCUUCUACCCUCCACCCCUUACUGGGAGAAAUACAGGAGUACAGGAACCAGUCUUUCAAAUCCAGCAGCAAUGAUCUGACUGUGCUUUUCUACAGUGACAGUAGUGUAACACAUAGAGGAUUUCACGCAAACUGGGUCUUUGUAGAGGCUUCCUCAGAUGACCCCUGCUACAGCUACACUGUACUGGACGAUCCUUGGAGAGCCACUGACUAUCAGAAUGACUCGGUCUUAAUGUGUGACCAGAAUGUGAAUUGGUCUGGCUGGUAUCGUCUCUUCAUUCAUGGCCAGAGUGUCCAGAUGCCAGACACAUGUAUUGAUAAGUACAAAUGUGGCACUCAUGCCCCACUGUGGUUAAACGGAGGACACCCAGAAGUCGAGGAUGGAGUGGUCACCCGAGGUGUCUGUGGUCACUGGCACAAUAACUGCUGCUAUUACAGUACUACUCCCAUUAGAGUGAAAGCCUGUCCAGGCAAUUAUUAUGUCUAUGAAUUUGUUAGGCCAAGUAUCUGUUAUUUGGCAUACUGUGCAGAUGUUGGGAACAUCAACACCACCUAUACAACAAUCACACCAGAGACCAAUUCAUCAGGUAAUUAUUUUUAUUCUCAUUUUCCAUGUUUAUGUGAAGAACCAUGUGGUGGCUAUAUGACAGAUUGGAGGGGUGAAUUAUUCAGUCCCUGGUACCCUAAUAACUACCCUAAUAAUGCACAAUGCACCUGGACCAUUCAUAGCACAGGGAACGCAACUGUGUCAUUGAUCUUCACCGAUGUCGAUUUGGAAACAUGCUGUGAUUACAUCAAAGUAUAUGAUGGUCCUUCUACCCUCCACCCAUUUCUCGGAGAAAUACAGGAGUACAGGAACCAGUCUUUCAAAUCCAGCAACAAUGAUCUGACUGUGUUUUUCUACAGUGAUCACAGUAUAACACGUAAAGGAUUUCAUGCAACCUGGCUCUUUGUAGAAUCAUGUGGUGGCUAUAUGACAGACUGGAUGGGUGACUUGUCCAGUCCUCGGUACCCUAAUAACUACCCUGAUAACUCAUAUUGCAGAUGGACCAUUCAUAGCACAGGGAACAUGACAGUGUCACUGACCUUCACCGAUGUUGCUUUGGAAACAUGUUGUGAUUACAUCAAAGUAUACGAUGGUCCUUCUACCCUCCACCCCUUACUGGGAGAAAUACAGGAGUACAGGAACCAGUCUUUCAAAUCCAGCAGCAAUGAUCUGACUGUGCUUUUCUACAGUGACAGUAGUGUAACACAUAGAGGAUUUCACGCAAACUGGGUCUUUGUAGUUUCUCACCCCGAGUGUGGAGGACACCUGUAUGGUUCUGGGCUGUUUUCCAGUCCAAACUACCCCAGCUAUUACCACGACAAUGCUUACUGUGUGUGGUAUCUCUCUGCUCAGCAAGGACAGAGGAUCUUCCUGACAUUUGCUGAUGUGCAAUUGGAGCGCUGCUGUGACUGUGACUACAUCACAGUAUACGACGGCUCUUCCACUGGUCAUCCACAGCUGGGAAAGGUCUGCUUCAAUGACACCACACCCCAGGUGUUUCACUCUUCUUCACGAUACUUGACUGUUGUCUUCAGGAGCGACUACUCUGGUGUCAGCCAUGGUUUCAAGGCCCUUUUCACAAGCUCUCUGACUGCAGAUGAAGGUCAUGUGGAUUGUUCCUCAGACAAAAUGGUCAUUGCCAUUCAGAGGUCUUACCUGAACUCACUCGGGUUGAGUGGAAAUGACCUUUAUGUAGAUGACCAUCUUUGCAGACCCAACAUUAGCAGUACUGAGGUUGUGUUCAGCUUCCCACUUGACGCAUGUGGGACCGCCAAAGAGAUGAUGAAUGGUUAUGUGUCCUACACCAACAAUGUGCGGGCCUCUCAGUCUCAGUCGAGUGAAAUCACUCGUCAGUCACAGUUCCUGCUACACGUGGGCUGCCGAAUGGAGCCGGACACCAUGGUGCAGAUAUUCUACAAGGCCAGGGAGAACAUCAAUGCCAACAUCACAGGAACGGGCCGCUUCAAUGCCAGCAUAGCUUUCUACACCUUCAGCAGUUUCUACCAACAAAUUUACGACUCUCCAUAUGAGGUGAACUUGAAUCAGCUUCUGUAUGUUCAGGUCGAGCUAAACAGGCAUGACAACAGUCUGGAUCUCUUCCUGGACACUUGUGUAGCGUCUCCAAAUCCCAAUGACUUCAAAGAUCGCUCCUAUGACCUGCUCCGUAACGGAUGUCCAAAAGACAACACAUAUUAUUCCUACACCAGUGGUGAAUACUACUACGCUCAGUUCAGUUUCCGGGCUUCCAAGUUCCUCCGGACUCCGCAGUGUAAGGUAAUCAUCUGCCCCGAUAACGAUUAUAAUUCUCGCUGCCGGCAAGGUUGUCGCUUCCAUCGCAAGAUAGCCCUUCACAGCACCUACCACACCAAUACUGUGACGCUGGGGCCAAUCAAACUCAAAGGUCAGAGGUCUCUCUAA